AUUAAAAUGGCACCUCGCCCUCUUCGCAUUGGCAACGUCUCCGGUGCCACGGGCGACAGCCCAACGGCCAUGAGCCGCAUGGCUCGCGACGGCAACGUCGACGUGAUCGUCGGCGACUGGCUGUCGGAGAUGAACAUUGCUUGGAAUGCAAUUACGAAAAGUCAAGACCCCGAACUGGGAUAUGAGCCCGGGUUUUUGACCCAGUUAGAGGGCUGCCUCGAUCUGAUCCUCGAGCGAAAAAUCAAAGUGAUCACCAACGCAGGCGCGCUCAACACGCCGUCCUUGGCACAGGAGGUGCAGGAUCUUUGCCGCCAUCGUGGAUUCGAGAAUGUCGUCGUGGCGAGUGUGCUGGGUGACGAUAUUUCUGCUCUCAUUACCGACCCGUCGCAGAGGGCCGAGCUAAAGAUGCAGCAUCUUGAUCACCCCGAAUGGUCAGUCGAUGGGUGGAGUCUCGAGCCGCAUUGUGGUGUUGCUUAUAUUGGCUCCUGGGGGAUUGUGGAGGCACUGAAAAAUGACGCCCAGAUUGUGAUCUGUGGCCGAGUGACCGAUGCUUCACCAGUCAUUGGGGCUGCCGCCUGGUGGCAUAGCUGGGAGAAAGACAAUUGGGAGGCUUUGGCCGGGUCGUUGGUGGCAGGGCAUCUCAUCGAAUGCGGGCCAUACGUGACGGGCGCCAACUUCUCGGGCUUCAAGGCUUUCUUGUCUGACCUUGUCGAUUUGGGGUUUCCAAUCGCCGAGAUUUCAAGCGAUGGGACAUGCGUGAUUACCAAAUGCGAUCGGCAUGCUGGCCAUGUCACCAAGCACAACACCAUCGCCCAGCUGCUGUAUGAGCUCCAAGGUGAGCUGUAUCUCAACCCGGAUGUGGUGGCAGACCUGCGCGAUAUUGCCAUCGAAGAAGAGAGUCGCAACAGAGUUCGCGUCACUGGGGUCAAAGGGAAGCCUCCCCCAUCUACUACCAAGGCGAUGGUCGCUGCCCCGGGUGGGUACCAAGCUGAGGCUACUUUCUAUAUCAACGGGCUCGAUGUUGAUGAGAAGGUGCAGAUGAUGCGCCAGCAACUUGCUGAUGCAUUUCGCAACAAUGCAUUCACCAAGUUUUCUGUCGAGCUCUACGGAUCGCCUCUUAUCAACCCGGAAAGCCAACAGGCUGGAACAGUUUCGUUGCGUGUUUUUGCUCAGGCAAGACGCAAGGAAGAUAUCUCUGGGCCUAAAUUCAAGGUUCCGAUCUAUGCCUUGAGAAUGCAGAGCUAUCCUGGUUACCAUAUGAACCUGGAUUUUCGCACCAUGGACCCAAAGCCGUUCAUGGAGAUUUUCCCUGCAACGAUUCCCCUGAGUAUUCUCGACCACAAGACUAUUCUCUCAAAUGGUAAAGAAGUGGUUAUCCUGCCACCGUCAUCAACAGCAUCCUACCCAGUCCAGCGGCCAUCCUACGAGACAUCGUCGCCUGUGCCUCUCUCCGAAUUUGGCUCCACAACUCUCGCACCACUUGGAAGGAUUGUGCAUGCCCGUUCCGGCGACAAGGCAGAUAAUUCAAACGUGGGAUUUUUUGUUCGUCACGAGGAUGAAUAUCCAUGGCUGCAAUCUUUCUUGACCAUCUCAAAACUAAAGGAGCUCUUUGGCUCUGACUGGAAGCUCAACGGUCAUGGCCAGGAGCCGAAGAUUGAACGGUGCGAGUUCCCCAAGAUCCUUGCCGUGCAUUUCCGCGUCUUGGACUUUCUCGGCGGCGGCAUUGCUAGCUCGAGCCGCAUUGAUGGACUGGGCAAAGGUAUUGGAGAGUUUCUACGUAGUCGGGUUGUUCCAAUUCCAGUCGAUUUUAUAGAAAGAGAGCGAAUUUGA